GGCGGCGGUUCCGGUAUUUCAGGGCGGGUCCGCGGCGGCGGGCGCGGAGCGGGGCCGGGGGAGGCAGGAUGGCGGGGGCCACCACCAUCGAGGCGGUGAAGCGCAAGAUCCAGGUGCUGCAGCAGCAGGCGGACGACGCCGAGGAGCGGGCGGACCGGCUGCAGCGGGAGGUGGAGGCCGAGCGCCGCAACCGGGAGCAGGCUGAGGCAGAGGUGGCAUCUUUGAAUCGCCGAAUCCAGCUGGUGGAGGAGGAGUUAGACCGAGCGCAGGAGCGCCUGGCCACGGCUCUGCAGAAGCUGGAAGAGGCAGAGAAGGCUGCAGAUGAAAGUGAAAGGGGCAUGAAAGUCAUUGAAAACCGAGCUCUGAAGGAUGAGGAGAAGAUGGAACUGCAGGAGAUCCAGCUGAAGGAAGCCAAGCACAUUGCAGAGGAGGCAGAUAGGAAGUAUGAGGAGGUUGCUCGGAAACUGGUGAUCAUAGAAGGGGAUCUGGAACGUACUGAAGAGAGAGCUGAGCUUGCAGAGUCGCGUUGCCGGGAGCUGCAGGAGCAGAUCAGAGUGAUGGACCAGAACUUGAGGUGUCUGUCUGUUGCUGAAGAGAAGUACUCUCAAAAAGAGGAUAAAUACGAAGAAGAGAUCAAGAUCCUGACUGAUAAACUCAAAGAGGCAGAGACCCGUGCCGAGUUUGCCGAGCGGUCUGUGGCCAAGCUGGAGAAGACCAUUGAUGAUUUGGAAGAUGAGCUCUAUGCCCAGAAACUGAAGUACAAAGCAAUUAGUGAGGAACUGGACCACGCCCUGAAUGACAUGACUUCCAUUGCCCGAAGAGCCCUUCGUGAGCAGAGCCCUGAUGAGCUGGGACAUCUCCCGUGGUUCCCUCAGGUUUGUGUCACUCUGUUCUCUGCACAACAGCACGAGUGGUCAGGAUGGUCCAGACACCCCAAACUGCCCCAGCCUGUCCUCACUCUGUCUUCUCUGUCAGGGAUCCUCUCUGCUGGGUUUGGGUAGGGAAGGAAGAACCAUUCCCACCAGGAAUUUUCAAGCUUGGGAAGCUCUGGCAGAUGAUGGUCUGACUCUCCUGGGGUUUGGGGCAGGCAACUCUGUGCCCUGUAAGCACCAAACAAGGAACCAGAACUUCUCAGGAGCAAACCUGCAGCUGGAGGAAGGGGUCUGGGGUGGGGAAUGGGGUUUCUGUCACCAGUGUCUGGAGGUGUGAAGGUUUCCAGCCCAGCCUUCCAUUCCCAGCUCUUCCCAGGUGGAGGUGGCUCCCUGCCCUUGUGAAACAGCCCCUCUCUUCACAGGGAGGUCCUGUCACUGGGUGGCACCAUGUGGAGCUGGUGGCUCUGCUGUUGCAAGUGAUGUUAUCAAAGGCUGGGCUGUGCCAGGAGCUUUCCCUGCUCAUCCUGAUGAAGCUCCAUGCUGGGUGGUGGAUGGAUGGAUGGGUGGGUAGGUGGGUGAUGCAACUUCUGCCCUGGGAGGUUUGGAGAGGCUGCAGGUCUGACUGGAUUGCUGGGCUUGUGCAGGCUGGUUACCACCAGCUGGGCUGUUGACUCAGGAGUGCUGGGAAUGUGGAUUAGCUGACCAGGAGGCACAGGGCCUGGAGCUCCUGGCUUCGUGGGCAGCUGGGAAGGCUGUCCUGUGGGCUGGGUGGGGAAGAGAGCUGGCCCCAGCUGACCUAGCCAAGUGUUCUGUGUUGUUCCUCAGGCCUAGGAAGGGUCAUGCUAAUCCCUGCAGAUCAUCUGCUCCCUCCUGUGGGAGGAUCAUCAGGUCCCUGUCCACAAGCCUGGAGCUGGUGCACCAGCCUGCAGCCACUGGUGCUUCUCACUGCAGUUCACUCCCAUCCUCUGCCACUCUGGAGAGCCAGGAGCAGCCUUGGGGCUGGGGAUGGGCAUCAGGGGUCCAUCCUGCCUGCUGGGCAAGUGGAGCAAGUCUGUAGUAGCUGGUGUGCAAGGUGGGCUCUGGUGUAGGCCAGGAUGGGGUGUAUCUGCCCCCACACCACAAGGUCCCUCAACUUCUAGUUAGGUUGAAGUCGUUGGCUUCUCUGGCUGGUGCUUUGUCCCUUGGUGGCUUUAGAGAAGGGACAAUAAUCAACUGCUGCUGAGCAUGUGUGGUUGGUACCACCUUGGGCAGGAGUGGAGCCCCUGGAGGCCUGGGAGGCUGUGGGGACAGGAGGGGUGGGAGGUGAGGCUGGGAGAUGCAGAGGCAGCUUGUGCCCCCCUGCUUGGGUUGCUCUGGGCAGACACAGAAGAGGAGCCAGUGCUCCAGGUCCUCUGUCCUGUACACGAAGCAGAUCCUACCUUCAGCCCUGUCUGGGCUUGAUGGGCUGUUAGUGUGGCACAAAGACACGUCCUUGGAGGGGUGUCCUGCAGGUCAGCUGUGAGAUGCUGCUGUUCUCAGUUCUUCUGUCCUACUGUUAAGCCCCAUCAAUCCCACUCGGUGUGGUGGGGCUCUCUCUGGGAGGUGCCUCUGGUCAGCUGUGGUAGGACUGCUGCUUUCUGCAACCUGCUCCACAGGCUUAAAGGACAUCCCCAGUCUCUCUCCUUCCCCAGGCAGAGCCCAGCCCAGCCUGUAGGCUUUUCUUUGGGUCUUCUCUGCCUCCUUUGCCCUCACAAGCCCUUGGCAGCACCUCAUUUCUGCCUGCACUUGGCUGUCCUGUCAUCUUCCUGAGCUGAAAUGCAAGUUAAGAGUCAGACAAGCCUUUCUUCUCCCCAGCUGCAUCUGUGCUGUAACCCAGACCUGAUCCACGUGCUGUGGAGACAGCAGAUGAGAUGUUCUCAUCCUGGUGUCCUACUAACCUUCCCUUUCUGUCUCUCUCUUCUCCCCUAAUCCUGCUGCUGCCGUGUCUGUCCAGCCACCCUGAGAAAACCCACCUGCCCUCUCUGAGCUGGACUUAAUGCUGCAUGAUCUGUGUGACUGGGGGGGGAGGGGGGCACUUAAAUGCCAUUAAACAAGCUUAGUGCCACCACCAGGGCUGGGGGCCAGAGACAAACCUGCUCAUCCUCAUGACUGGGCAGACUUGGGGCUUUAACGCAGUCGCUGCCAUUUCAUGGGGCACCUGAAUUCACCCUCUAAUUCAGAGUGUGAACACUUGUUUUCCUCUUGGGGGUGUAACCCUCAGGUGGGGCUGUUCCUGGAGCAGCCUUGCUCACUUGUCCAGGGGCUCCAGGCUCCGUGGAGAGUGGCUGCACCCACCAGGAGAGGGCUUGUGGCUGCUGGAAGCUGCCUGUCCAAGCCCUACAACCUAAUUUGCUGUGAGCUGAGUGACUGUAGGAUCUCCUGCUGCAUGGACUGAAGGCUCCUAACAAGAAAUGACUGACCUUCUGGUCUGUAGGACACUGCACACCUGGAGUACUUGCCUGUGUAGUCGAGUCCUAACCUAGAAUCACAGCAUAUUAGGGGUUGGAAGGGACCUUCAAAGAUCAUUGGGUCCAGCCCCCCUGCUAGAGCAGGGCCAAAAAAUAAAGGGCAGGUUGCUCAGAAAGGCAUCCAGACAGGUCUUGUGGAGUCUCCUUCUCUGGGGACUUUCAACCUCUGGGCAGCCUGUCCCAGGGUCUGUAACCCUCCCAGGAAGAGGUUGUUCUUCAUGUUGAGCUGGAACAUUCUGUGGUCAAGCACAGAAAGAAGGUUUGGGGGAAGUGGCUGUUCCUGGGGCCUGAUCCUGGCAGAGCUGCUGAGCCCCAGCACCACUGGGGAAAGCUCAUGGACAUGGUGAAAGCAAAUCCCAAAAAUCCUCAGCAUGGGGCUGUGUCUUGAGCUUCUGCAGGGAAUCUUUGAAAGCUGCAGUUCUGGAGCUCUGGGAGGGCUGCUCCUGGCUCUGUGCACAAUUCCUGACCCUGGGGGGGUUGGGGAGUGACUUUGGGGAACUGCCUGUUCCUAAAGGACAUCUUUCUACAGCCUGGCUACCCUGGGGCCCAGCGUGUGGAUGUCUUCAGUGGCAUGGGUGGGCUGACCUUUGGAGUGAAGCCCACCUAGAGUGCUAGUGGCUGCUCUGAGCUCUCCUCCUGGCUUAAGGAACAUGUGAGAACUGCCUGUGGGCUCGGGCAGAGCUGCAGCCCCUCCUCCCUGUGUGCUCCCUGCCUGCCCCUCACUGAGAACAGCCCCUUCCUGCUCUCCUGAGCCACUGUUGUCUGCUCCCUGCUGCUGGGGGGUGACCCUCCUGGUGGCCAGCUUGGCCUCUCUGUCCUGUCCUGGGAGGGGGGUCACAUCCAGCUGUAAUUCCAGGGGCUGGUUUCCCAGUGUGUUUCACCUCUGCGUUGCUCUGGGGGGCCUUGCUGGGCCGUGGGGGUGACUGGCUGGAUGUGGGGAGCCCUGGGGGGCUGUGGUUGGAGGCACCUGCAUGGCAAACCACUGCCUGGCAGCCCGUGGUGCCCCCACCAGGGCUGCACCUGAGCCAGGUAACCCCAGAGCUUCUUGCUGCACCCAGCCAGGCACCCCCUGAGGACCUGCUGCCUGCUGGGCUGGGGCUGGUGUGAGCUUUCCCUGGCUGAGGUUCCUGGGGUGUCUGAGGGUGACUUGUAACUCUCCACUCUUGCUUC